AUGACCAACUACGGGGAGGAGGGGAUGAGGAACAUGGGGAGAUGCAGGGUUGUGGGCCGCAUCUCCUUCUACAUGACCAACUACGGGGAGGAAGAACAUGGGGAGAUGCAGAGACGUGGGGACAUGGGGUGUCAUGGCCGCAUCUCCUUCUACAUGACCAACUACGGGGUGGAAGAACAUGGGGAGAUGCAGAGACGGGUGCUGCUGUACCGGGGGUACCCCCUGGAGCUGUUCAUGGCGCAGUGUUACGGCAACGCCAGCGACCCCGGCCGCGGCCGGCAGAUGCCCGUGCACUACGGCUGCCGAGAGAGACACUUCGUCACCAUCUCCUCCCCCCUGGCCACACAGAUACCACAAGCGGUGGGGGCGGCCUACGCCAUCAAGCGAGCGGACGCCAACCGGGCCGUCAUCUGCUACUUCGGGGAGGGGGCGGCCAGCGAAGGGGACGCUCACGCCGGCUUCAACUUCGCCGCCACCUUGGAAUGUCCCAUCGUCUUCUUCUGCCGCAACAACGGCUACGCCAUCUCCACCCCCACCUCCGAGCAGUACCGCGGCGACGGCAUCGCGGCGCGAGGACCCGGCUACGGGUUGAUGUCCAUCCGGGUGGACGGCAACGACGUCUUCGCCGUCUACAACGCCACCAAAGAAGCGCGACGGAGAGCGGUGGCCGAGAACCAGCCCUUCCUCAUCGAGGCCAUGACCUACCGGAUCGGGCACCACAGCACCAGCGACGACAGCUCCCUUCCACACUCCCUUCCCAUGUUCUGGAG